CGGUAGUCUAGAGUUUUCGCCCCAUCCCAUUUUCCGUGGUGGUUAUCUGCCAUCCACAUCGUUGUACCUCUGCCGGAGGCAUCGCCGAUGAUGGCAACUUGUAAGGCAGAAGCUGAGGGGAGAAUCGUAGUCGCGUAUCACCCCCAAUCUUUCCACCCCUCACGCUCACAGAUCACUUUCACAGAUCAGUACACAACACAAUACACCCCCCAACGAGUCAACAGUCGUCAAACGAUAUGGCGUCCGAAUACACCCUCAAGGACCGCAAUACGGUCGUUCUCGGCGCCAGCAGCGGGAUCGGAAAAGCUAUUGCUGAGGCUCUCGCUGCUGAAGGGGCCAACCUCGUACUCCUCUCCCGCAAAACUGAGUCUCUUUCACCUCUCAUCACAUCGCUCACAAGGACCCACGCAUCCAUCAAAGUACAUCCUGUGCAAUGCGACCUCACUUCCGACGAGAGCAUGGACCGCGCCGCCAGCGACAUUGGCAAACUUUUCAACAACACUGUGCAUGUGCUCGUGAACAACGCUGGAGUAGGAGGCAAAAGCGUCAACGCGAUCGACGCCAAAUGGGAGGACUGGGAGCUGGUUCUCCGCACGGACCUGCGCGGCGUUAUGCGUUUUACAACGCUUAUUCUGCCGUAUGUCAAGGAUAUUGGCAGAGGCUCCAUCAUCAAUAUCGCUUCGGUGGCGGGACGGAACCCUAUUGCGAGGAAUGUUGAUUACUCCGCAGCCAAACAUGGUCUCGUGGGUUUCUCACUAUCGUUGUUUGAAGACAUUCGUGAAUUGGGAAUCAAGGUUACCGCCAUAAAUCCGGGCUACGUGAAUACUCCAUUGGUUGACAAAGUAAAAGGCGACAAAUCCAAGAUGAUCCAGCCUGAGGAUAUUGCCAAGACAGUGGUGUUUGUCGCAAAGUUCCCUGACACUGGAUGUCCUACGGAGAUUACUAUUAGACCCCAGAGGAAUAUCAAGUGAAGUUGGAGGAUGUUAGGAUUAUGGGUUCCGUAAAAGCUUAGGCACGGACCUCCCGGUGCAUACCGACACCAUGUAUAGAUCACAAUCAGGCGUCAGAACAUUACGGAGCUCCCGGUGUACAUAUCCUGAAGGCAACGCUAAAAAAAAAAACUUCAUAUUGGAGCUGAAAGGGUUCAUACCUCUAGCAUUUACACUUCCUACGGCGGCCUAUUGAGAUCAUCCGCUUACAUCCCAGCUUCAUCCGCACUACGUCAUUCAAGUUCAAACGGCUACUGUUGAGCUUCACACCUUCGCAUCCUUUUUCACACGCAUGCAGCUUGUUGGCACGAUAAAUGGACCG